AUGGGCAAAAAUAAGAGGAAAGCGUUUGGAGCCAAGUCAAAAGACGGUCAGAAAAAGCAGAAUCCCUUUGAUUUGAAGUUUACAACACAGAAACGUCAAGUAAAUAUUUGUUUUAUUAAAAAAAUUAUUGGUUUGUGUAUUUCAAUUGUGCUUUGUUUUGAUUAGUAUGAUGUUUGCAGAUUAUCGAAGCCAAAUCAGCUAGUGGAGCUCCAUUGAUUUCCAAAAAAAGGGCUUUCGAACAAAGAAAGAAGACUUUAGGUACCGAGUUGAGAAAUCUUGGAAAGAAGAAUCUGGUAAGCCAUUUUACUUUGUGUUUUAUAUUUUUAGAAGAUUAAUAUUGCUAUGGAUCAUGAGCUACGGUAAAAUUACUGUAACUUUGAAAGUUUGAUUAAUCUUUAAAUUUUUGUUUUGAGUUACUUGCCCAGAAGCUACGUUGUGAUGAAAUUACAAGUUUUUAGUUACUUUUUGAAAAGAAUUAUGAAAAAACUGUUGUUUCAUCAAAAUUUAUAAAAUAUAAUACUCUUUUAAUGGUUCCAGAUAAAAGAUCGUCGUCUUGGUCAACAUAACGCUAAUUUAACGGUUGCGGAGAAAGCUGAGAAGCGUUUUGUAGCUCAACGAAAGCAUAUUUUUGCCAAAAGCAACAAAUACUUGUUGAACGAUAAACCUGAAGAUGAUCUACAACAUUUGUCAAAGAAAUUGACUGAAACCGAAAAGUUUCAACGUCAAAUGGUGGAGAAAGACGGGGAGGAUGAAAUUGACGAGAAGUUAUUUACUGCUGCGCAUUUUGGAGGUGGCAAUAUUGUGAAUACAAGGAGGGAUAGGGAAGGAAAGAAGUUGUCAAGGUGAAUAUGUUGUUUUUUGUUUCAUUUUUAGGUUUUUUGAAUUUUUUGACGGAGAUGGUUUUGUUUUUAUUACAAUGCAUUUUUUGUUCUAUUGACAGAAAAUUUUUUUACAAAAACUAUUUUCUAGGAAAGAAAUGCUAGAACAGAUCAUACAACAGAGCAAAGAAGCUAAAGCCAUUAAAACGAAAGAACGAGAGCUUCAGUUUGAAACUUACCAGAAGUUGGACGAACAAUUUGACGAAAUUCGAAAAUCCGGCGAACUGGAAUUCGGCCGAGUUAAAGAAGCAGAAGAUGAUGAUUACAUGCAACUAUACCUACAACUCCAAAAUGACCCCAAGCGAGCUGUAGCACUAGAUCCAAAGAAGGACCCCGAAAAAGCUGCCGAAUAUGAAGCCAAGCGAAUCGAAAAAGCCGAAAAUGAGCGAAUGAAUCGGAUGACAAUCGAAGAUGACAACUAUAUUCCACAUGAAAGUGUUGAUGAUGAUCGGAAACGCGAAAAGAAGGACAAAAAGAAAGUGGCAUUUGAGUUGGUAUACGAUAAGGAUGGCAAAUUGAUAGUUGAAGACGAGAAGGAAGAGUUGAAGCCAGAAAAGAAACGAAUGAAGAGUGCUGAUGAAGAGGAAAUGGGGUAUACUUUUGAUAGUGAUGAUGAAUACGAUCGGCUGAUAGAGGGAGAUGAAGGGACGGAAGACGAAGAAGAAGAUCUGGAGGGUGAAGACGAUGAUGAGGAAGAAGGAGAAGAUGCAGAUUCGGUGUUGGAUGGUAGGCUUUUAGGGUGUAUAGUUAUUCAGGUCGGAAAAAAAGUAUUGUCGUUGAUUUAUAUUACUUUUAUGGUGAAAAACGACAAGAAUUUUUUGGUAACAUGACAUGUUGAAAGUUCUUCAUUUAAAAAACAAAAAAUGGCAAAAACUUUCUUUACGUACAACAUUUUUUUUCAGAAGAAGAAGGUGAAAUGGAAGUAGAUGAUGAUGAAGAAGAAGAGGAAGAAGCCGAAGAAGAAACAAGAAAAGGCAAACUAAAAGUGCCAGCAUCAGAAGAACAAGUAGAGCAAAGACUAGAUGAGAUACCAUUAGACGAAUGGGUCCAACAUUUUAAUCAAAUUAUCAAAGAAAACAAUGCCAAGAAGUCUGAUCUGAAUAAAACAAAACUGGCUAAGAUUUGUGGCUGGAUGAUUGAGGUCUUCAUAAAACGGUCGGAAGGCUCAACCAAACCUAAUGAAACUUCAAAAGCGUUGGCUGAAAUCAUCUGUAAUUUGGCCAAGGUAUGUGAUAUUGUUGUAGGGUGGACAAGAAGCUCUGUAGUCAUUUUAUAUUUAUUUUCACGAGGAAAGGCGACAAGACUCUUUUGAUUACUUAAAAUUGCAAAAACUUUCUUUACAACAUAGGUAGACAUGGGGAACGGGCCGGGCUUGAGCAAAAUUUGGGCCGGGCCUGAAAAUCAAACACUGGCCCGAAAAGCCCGGCCCGCUUGCACGUAAAAAAAUGUUCGGGCCGGGCCGACUUUGAGAAAAAAUUAGAUCGGGCUGGGCCUGAAAAAUGUGUUCAUGUCUAAACAUUUGAAAUGGCAAAAACUUUUUACAAAACAAAAAAUGGCAAGAACUUCUUUUACAAAACAUAAAAUGGCAAGAACUUUCUUUACAAAACAAAAAAUGGCAAGAACUUUCUUUACAAAACAAAAAAUGGCAAGAAUUUCUUUACAAAGCAAAAAAUGGCGAGAACUUUCUUUACAAAACAUAAAAUGGCAAGAACUUUCUUUACAAAACAUAAAAUGGCAAGAACUUCCUUUACAAAACGUAAAAUGUAAUUUUUUUGCAAAUACAUUAAAAUGUAUCUUAUAUUAUUGCAUAAAUUGUAUUAUUAUUACAGAAUUCGCCAAAAGAAUGUGCAGAACGGUGCAAAGACAUCAUCUCCGACCUAUAUUCAACGCUAAAAUUGGACAAGAAAUCAAAUCAACACCACUUUUUUGUACUCGCCUUUUUGAGGUUGAUAAGAACGUUGUUCACGGUGUCAGACAGAGUACAUUCCGUCUGCUUGCCGUCGAUUGUAAUCGCAACGGAUGUUAUUACCAAAACAAGGAUUUAUGAACCAUUGGACUGCGCCAAGGUCUUAUUAUUCUGUGAUGAAUUGGCUACAUGGUUUGAAGAGUCGAAAAGGUAUGGGGUUGGGGUAAAAUACGCGGAUCUUUAACAGAAAUUGGGCGGUCGAGGUAAAAUAUAUUGAUCUUUAACAAAACAUGAAAGGGCGGGGUAAAAUAUGCGGAUCUAUAAUAGAAAUUGGGCGGUUGGGGUCAAAAAUGCGGAUUUAUAAUAGGAAUUGGGCGGACGGGGUUAAAAAAAUUUAGAGGGCGUGGUAAACAUUUUUUGAUUAGUUUGUAGAUGGGAGGGGGGGGUUGAAUUUUUUUUUGUUAAGCAUUUCUAAAAUAACUAUGGGGGAGGGUUAUAAGGCCGGUUUUUAUAACUUUUUGUUUUGGGCGUGGUAAAUUUUUUUUUUGGUAAAGGAGUGGAUUUUUUAGAUGGAUUGACUGAAAAAGUAGCUUUAGAGAGGCGGAAUAAGGUUUUUUAAACUUUUUUUUGCGUUGGGCGGGGUAAAAGCUUCUUGGGUGUAGUAUUUUUUUUAGGAGGGGGGGGUGGAUAUGUUUUAUUUUUUUUUGCUUAUUUUGUCUUUUUUAUCGUCAAUGUUCCCGUUAUUUUGCAAAAAGUCAGCGAAAUUUAACGUUUUAUUUGACGAGAAAUUGAAUAUUGACAGUUUUGACUGAUUACUAAUACUAACUUUAUAUUGGUUUUUAAGUUGGUACACACUAACUGUUACAUUUUUAAGAAAUUUAUGUUUAUAAAAAACGUAUACGGAACCUCUAUCGUAUUUUACAACUUUCAAAAUGAAAAAAUAAUCAUUUUUUAUCAAGUUUUUGGAUUUUUUUACAAAUACUUCGUUUCAGGUAUUGCCCAGAAGUGUUAAACUUCCUACAAGGCACUUUGAUAAUGGCGGCCAAAUCAUCGGCCGCUUUUCCGAGUGGAGGUUUUCCGAUUUCAGAACCGUAUAGGUUUAUGUUACACAUUAGUGCUAAAGUACGUUUUUUUGGAUUUUGGGUAGGGCGUGGGUAAGGUAGAAUAGGCGUUGGCAGAGCAAAAUGGGGUAGAGAAGGGAAUAGUAAGGAGUUAAAGUAAGAUAGAGUAGGCAAAGUAAUGUAGUGUAGGGUGAGGUAUGGCAGGGAAAGGUAGAGUAGGCCAGGGUAAUGAAAGGUCGGGUAGGGUAAGAUAGAGUAGGGUAAGGUAGAGUUGGUUAGGCUGCCGUACGGUAUUGUAGGGUAAGGUAUGGUAAUGCAGGGUAAUAUAAGGUAGGCAAAGAUCUUUUUUUGUAGAGUUCAUGAUGAUAAUGACAAUUUGUAUUUUAGUCCCGGCUAAAAUCGAUACCCCCAAUGUCGGUAAAUGCCAUAUUUUCGGCCGCUGACUCGAAAGAAUUGAACCAAAGUCGAACAUUGGACUUUCAAGCCAUCAGACUAACUGUCAGAUUGGUCAAAUUCUUCUCGGAAUUAUAUCAAGAACAUACUGAAACAUACUCUGUUAUAUUUAGGUAGGUUUAAAAUUUUAUUGGUAGGAGUAAAUAAUGACAUUUUAUAGCUAAAAAUUUCGGAAAAUUGAAUUUUUUGGUUAAAAAUCGGCUUUGUUUUGGUAUUUUUGGCUGGAAGUACCUAAAAUUUGAUGUUUUUGACAUUAAAAUUUUUGAAAUAGUUUAUGUAAAGUAAUAUGUGUGCGUUUUCAGGCCAAUUCUUGAUCUUCUAAAGCAGUUACCGGUCAAAAACUACCCAGAAGUCUUGGCCAAUGAAGUGAAGGAAACGAUCGAAGUGGUGGAGACAAAUGUGACAAAGUUUAGCCAAGUUAGACAAUUAACUCACAAUGUUUCGAAGAAAAUUAAGUAGGUUGUUUAGUUUUUCGAAUUUUCUAAAAAUUCUGCGUUUUAAUAUGAAAAGAACUUUGUUUACAGAACUAAAAAUGGCUGACCUUAUUAUUCGUCUUAUAACUUGUAAUCCGCAGCUUGCAGAGGGGCUGAAAUUAGGAAAAUGUUUUUAAAGUUAAAAAAUGGCAGUAAUUUUCUUUACAAAGCAAUAAAUGGCAAAAAUUUUCUUUACAAAGCAAAAUAUGGCAAAAACUUUCUUUACAAAUCUGGAAAUAUCAAGAACUUUCUUUACAAAACAAAAAUAACGAGAACUUGCUAUAAUACCUGAAAUUUGGAAGUUUCUAAUAAAAAUGCCAUUUCCAGGAUGAUAGAUAUGUUUGAACCUCGAAUCGAACAACACUUCAACUUCAAACACCCAACUCACAAGCGAAACGAUCCGAAAGCGGCCGAGAAACGCCUCACCAAGAAGGUGCGCAAAGAGACCAGAAGCGCCAUCAAAGACCUUCGAAUGGACGCCAAGUUCUUGGCCACGGAACAACAUCGCGAACUCAAGGCGGUCAGCGAGGAACGAAAGGAAAAGACCAAGAGAAUCUUGGCCAGCCUUCAAACUCAAGAAUCCGAGUAUCAGAAGAGGAAGAAGACGAAGUUCUAG